AUGAAUCCUCACCACCACCAUCAUCACCAAGCGUCCUAUGGCGGCGGCGGAGGUGGAUAUCCUGGUCAGGCCUACCGCCAACAACAACAACAACCACCUCCUAGCAAUUCCUAUCCCUACGGUCAGCCAUCGCCCCAACAGUAUCAGGGAUCGCAACCCCCUCAGGGUGGUUAUAAUGUAUGUCAUGAGCGCCCACGUCUGCGUUGCUCGUGCGACGGAGGUUUAACGUUAGCGUCUAGGGUGGUUAUGGCGCACCCCAAUAUGGUGGCCAGCAAGGGCAACGGACCUCCUCCUCCCCCAAGUGAGCCGGUGUCUUUCGGUCAUGGUGCGCCGCAAGGCUACAGCUUCCAGUACUCUCGCUGUACCGGUAAGAGGAAGGCCUUGUUGAUCGGAAUCAACUAUUUCAAUCAGAAGGGUCAGCUGCGGGGUUGUAUCAACGAUGUCAAGAAUAUGUCAACAUACCUCAACCAGAACUUUGGCUAUGCUCGCGAGGACAUGGUUCUGUUGACGGAUGAUCAGCAAAAUCCUAUGAGCCAACCCACCAAGGCCAACAUUCUCCGGGCUAUGCAUUGGUUGGUGAAGGAUGCGCAGCCUAAUGACUCGUUGUUCUUCCACUACUCUGCAGGGCACGGCGGUCAGACGCCUGAUCUAGACGGUGACGAGGAUGACGGAUACGAUGAGGUGAUCUACCCAGUCGACUUCCGCCAAGCAGGACAUAUUGUCGAUGAUGAGAUGCAUCGGAUCAUGGUCAAACCACUUCAACCAGGAGUUCGGCUGACAGCCAUCUUCGAUUCGUGUCACUCCGGAUCUGCCCUGGACCUACCUUAUAUCUAUUCGACCCAGGGUAUUCUCAAAGAGCCCAACUUGGCCAAGGAGGCAGGCCAGGGUUUGUUGGGCGUCGUGUCGGCAUACGCGCGGGGUGAUAUGAGCAGUAUGAUGUCAACGGCCGUUGGCUUUUUGAAGAAGGCAACCAAGGGAGACGAGGCAUACGAGCGUACCAAGCAGACCAAGACGAGCCCGGCAGAUGUGAUCAUGUGGUCUGGCAGCAAAGAUGACCAGACCAGCCAGGACGCACAGAUUGCCGGACAGGCUACGGGUGCCAUGUCCUGGGCAUUUAUCAAUGCGCUCCGCAAAAACCCGCAGCAGAGCUACGUGCAACUAUUGAACAGCAUCCGCGACGAACUAGCUACCAAGUACUCACAGAAGCCGCAGUUGAGCAGCAGUCAUCCCCUGGGUAAGCAGUGUCCUGUUGUCCCGAUAUAA